AUGAAAGAUCCUCAGUCUCUUGUGGAUUUAGAAUCCUGCAGCAGCCCACCAUCUAAGAGCAAGAGCCAAAGAUGUUUGUCUUGCUCUAUGUUACAAGUUUUGCCAUUUGUGCCAGUGGACAACCCCGGGGUAAUCAGUUGAAAGGAGAGAACUACUCCCCCAGGUAUAUCUGCAGCAUUCCUGGCUUGCCUGGACCUCCAGGGCCCCCUGGAGCAAAUGGUUCCCCUGGUCCCCAUGGUCGCAUCGGCCUUCCAGGAAGAGAUGGUAGAGACGGCAGGAAAGGAGAGAAAGGUGAAAAGGGAACUGCAGGUUUGAGAGGUAAGACUGGACCACUGGGUCUUGCCGGUGAGAAAGGGGACCAAGGAGAGACUGGGAAGAAAGGACCCAUGGGACCAGAGGGAGAGAAAGGAGAAGUAGGUCCAGUUGGUCCUCCUGGACCAAAGGGAGACAGAGGAGAACAAGGGGACCCAGGGCUGCCUGGAGUUUGCAGAUGUGGAAGCAUCGUGCUCAAAUCCGCCUUUUCUGUUGGCAUCACAACCAGCUACCCAGAAGAAAGACUACCUAUUAUAUUUAACAAGGUCCUCUUCAAUGAGGGAGAGCACUACAACCCUGCCACAGGGAAGUUCAUCUGUGCUUUCCCAGGGAUCUAUUACUUUUCUUAUGAUAUCACAUUGGCUAAUAAGCAUCUGGCAAUUGGACUGGUACACAAUGGGCAGUACCGGAUAAAGACCUUCGACGCCAACACAGGAAACCAUGAUGUGGCUUCGGGGUCUACAGUCAUCUAUCUGCAGCCAGAAGAUGAAGUCUGGCUGGAGAUCUUCUUCACAGACCAGAAUGGCCUCUUCUCAGACCCAGGUUGGGCAGACAGCUUAUUCUCCGGGUUUCUCUUAUACGUUGACACGGAUUAUCUAGAUUCCAUAUCAGAAGAUGACGAAUUGUGAUCAGGACCAAGAUCCCUGUGGUAGACACUCUGAUUGAAUCUGGGGUUCCAGAAGGUGGAACAAGUAGGAAUGGGAUCCAAAGAGACUCCCACUCAGAUUCUAAAGCAUUUAAAGACAAUUCCAGCAGAAUUUAUCAAAACAAGAUGAAACACAGAAAAGUUGAAACCACAACAAAAUGAAUUAUAUUAAAGAAUAGCCCCAGAUAUAAAUUCUCUUGAAAGCAAUGUUCAUAAAUAUUUAAGCAAAUUAAAGACAAUGUUAACAAAUUUUCUAUUAAAUGCCCUGAGUGACAAAACCAGUUGGCAAUAAUACUGUCUCAUUAAAUCUUCAAAAA